AACGCAACAAAAAAAUGGAGUCCAACCCUACACUGCUCGCGGUGUGUAAGGCAGUCCGACCGCUAACUAUGGAGCAGACGAGGGAACUAGUGUUUCAACUUGGUGUACCGCUGAACGUACUUGAUGACGUUUCUCGUCAGUACGAUGGUGAAAAUAGGAAGGAACAUUUUGUGCAGAAGUUGCUCGAUAUGAAGACAGAUGUUAGCUGGAAAAAAAUAGUUGCGGUGUUGAAGGAAAUAGACAAGAACUCUUUGGCUGAGGACAUUGAGCGUGCUCAUAUAUCAAACGCACAUCAGACUAGUAGUCCUACCUCCCCAAUUGCAGCCAGCGGACCCGUAGAGUUGGACGGGCCUUCUAUGCCAGUAUCUCGGUUGCCAACUGCUGCAGAUCAUGUCAAUCCAACUACUGGUAGCCCUGUGUCUACCCUAGCCCUGUACCAACAGCAGGUGCAAGUGGUCAAGGAGAGUAUUGAGCAAUUGGAAGAAACAUUUUACGAACUUAAAUUCGAAGCACGGCUAGUGUUGACCGAGAGAGAAAAUAAAGAGAGCCAUUUUUUAGAAAGAUUCCGAGAUUACCUUCUCGAUCUUCCAGUUGCUAAAAAGGCAUUUCACAUUAAGUUUUUUAAACGAAAUGAAGAUGACAUCAUUGAAGCAAAAAAUGUAUUGAAGCUAUUUGCUAUUCUGGGCCGUUACUGCAACUACUCUAACUAUGAGAUUAUUUUUUACGUCGUCAAGAAGUUCUGUAAAAAACUCAUGCAGAAAAUGGGCAGUUAUCGUGAUUCCCUCACCUCUUUUGAGAAGGCAACUGCUGUUGAUGUCUAUCUCCAUGCCAUUUCCGCUCACCCAAAGGGUAAAAUCAGUCAAGCUUUCAUCCAAAUGGCGAUGAAGAUCAACAAGGCACCUUCCGCUUGCUCGCUAUAUGAGAUCCGACAGUUGAAGGCACUGAUAGUGGAAAAUUCAUCCGUUGAGUCUUACGCGGUGUAUGUGGAGGAGCCACAGGAAGGCUCUAUACGUGUGGUGCUGAGUGUUCCACCAGAGGUUGGUUGGAUGGUGGGUUUUGUAUUUAUGGAUCCUGAUUUCAGACGGAGCAUUCUCCUGACUGAUGCAACUCUGGAUAACACUGAUCUAUCAACAUACCUGUGGGGAGACUCGGCACUGAUGGUGGCUCUUAGAUGGGAAAGAACUGAAUCUAUUCAUCUACUACUGAAGUCUGGGGCGGAGCUGGACCUGCAAAACAAACGUGGAGACUCUGCACUGAUGAUGGCUGUCGGGGAAGGUAUGACUGAAGUUGUUUCACUACUGGUGAAAGCUGGAGCUUCAUUGGACAUCCAGAACAAUUGGGGAGACUCUGCACUGAUGGUGGCUGUCAGGGAGGAUAGGGCUGAAGCUAUUCAUCUACUGCUGCAGUCUGGGGCUGCGCUAGACCUGCAGAACAUGGUAAGUGCUAUAGGGAUGCAACGCACAUUCGGCGAGCGAGUGUGAGCAGUUCCAUAGGUUGCAUGUAUUCAAAAUGACGUUAACUUUCCCCCAGUAUUUGAAUCACGUAGAACAUUACAGUAUGUGCAGUGCCCAGUGCCUGUCACAUAAAUUAUAUAGAAAAAUCCUGCAUUCAGACGACUAGGUAGGCUGUUUCGUUCACCAAUCAUACAUCAUUAUAACAUCAUAUCAUCACUUGUCACACAGUGGGGACAGACUGCACUGAUAAUGGCCGCUGCAUUGGGUAGAAAUGAUAUUGUUUCAUUACUGGUUAAGGCUGGAGCUGCACUUGACCUUCAGGACCAGGUAUUACAUGAAUACCCUUUCACUUUCAGCACCGGCAGAGUGCCAUAUGCAAUUAUGCUGUUGAUUUCCAUGCUAAUAUAACAUAUAUAGCUCUUUGAGGACCUACUUAAUAGCACAAUAGCAUUAGGGGGGGUGCUUGUGAAUGCUAAAAGUGCUGGGUAUAGCUGCAGUGUAUUAUAGUGAGCACGGCUGCACGUGUAUGUGUGUAUGAUGUGUGUGUAACUCUGAACGGAAGAAGCACUGGUUUUUUGUCCAUCUAUCUCACUCUCUCAGUGGGGAGACUUUGCACUGAUAAUGGCUGUCAAGUGGUGUACUAUUGCAGUUGUGUCCCAGCUGGUGGAAGCUGGAGCUGAUCUCGACCUCUCAAAUAAAGAUGGGUGGAGUUCACUGAUGAUGGCAUCUCAGAAUGGAUAUUUGGACGUAGUGCUAAAGUUACUGCAACAUGGAGCCACAGUUGUCCUAGAGAAUACUAGACAAGCAGCAAAGCAAGAAUCCGAGCUCCAUGUCUCCAAACCGCUUCAACCAGAUAUCGGAUCUGGGCAAGGGAAUGUUGUACUUCACACUGACAGUGUUAAAAUGUGACACAAUCCAUUAUAAUGUUGUGCUUUUAUAAUGCUACAGUGAUGUGACUACCACUAAACUGCACCAUUCUUCCUGAUUGACUUAUCACAUGUUUGGUAUUGAUUGGCGAG